AUGUCUCAUUUUGAAGAAACUGUUGUUCAUCACGUGCGGCCGAUAGGGUGGCAGAAUGAUCCGGAUCAAGAGAUUUGGAUACUCUCAGAUCUUGAGUAUAUGAUGCCACAGGUCUUCUUAAAAUUUUCUUUUCUGUACAAAAUAGGAGAGGGAGUUGACGAAAUCGCGGUGAUCGAUGGGCUCAAGGAGAGUUUGGCACUAACAUUAAGCCAAUAUCGUCCCUUGACCGGAGUGUUCAAGAAAGAUGACGGAGAAGUGAAGAUCUUCAGAAAUCGAGGCGAUACAGUCUCCUUCGUGGUCAAACGAUUAUACCAGAAUGAGAAAUCGGUAUCUCUCGCUGACCUCGAAGCAGCCGGAUUUCCACCGUUGCAAGUCGACAGACAAGUUGCACUCGAAAACAUGGGCGACGCCAGUAUUGACUCCAUGAUAAAGAACAACCGAAUACAAACCGAGCUUCAAGCCACUUGGCUUCAAGACGGAAUAAUCCUGACGAUUGGUUAUCACCACUACUGCACGGACGGCGCGGGAUUUUCAAAGUUCGUGCAGCAAUGGGCAAGAAAUUCCCUAGCUCUUAGCAAAAACACCAAGCCUGAACCGCCAGCAUGGGACUAUGUGAAUCUCGAUCGUGGACGUCUCAACGGAAAGUUCGUUCCACCAGAGAAACGCAUAAUUCCACAACCACCGAAUCUCUCCCCUACCCUAGUCACUGUGCCCUUUGCACAGGCUCCACCACAACGUCCUGUAAUACUACACUUCCAUAAAUCAAGCACCGACUUGCUUAAGAGGAUAGCAUCUUCUUCUGGAGGAACUUUCGUUCAGAUAUCGUCGUACGAUGCUAUUACAGCUCUACUGUGGCGAGCAUAUACUCGUGCUAGACUUACAAUCUAUGAUCUUAUCCCUGACGAGUCCACCAUGCUCGGACAAGUUGUGGACUUGCGUUCUCGAUUCGAUCCUCCUCUGGACUCCCAACUCCAAGCCAAUGCGACAUUGGGUGUGGUGACACCAGGCGUUUCCAUCCACGAUGUUGUCGCCGACGGAAAGUUGGGCUUUCUGGCCUCUCUUGUCCGGCAAGCGCACAUCGGCGCGACUGAAGAGGUAGCUCUAGAACGAUCGAACAUGGUUGCAAUGCUCCAAGACAAAACUAUGGCAGCUUGGAGUGGUGAGAGGGUGCCUAGGUUUGGAGUGGCGAUGAGUGAUAUGAGAAGUAGCAAGUUCUAUGAAGCUGAUUUUGGAUUUGGGCCGCCGGUUGCGGUACGCAAUGUUCAUCAACCUGGAUAUCCAUGUGUCAUACAAAAGCUCGCUCCUCAGUCUGACCAGGAAACGAUGUUGGAAGUUCAGAUUCCUGUGGAUGUGUCAUGUUUCGAAUGUUUCAUUCAGGAUCCGGAGUUGUUACUGUAUGCUGAAAUCGUCAGUGGAUGA